UUUCCUAAUUCGGGAGAUAAAGCCUCAAGUCUAUGCUGAGAUGCUGCACAGUGUGUUGUGGUGUUCGGGACAGUACAUCUCCCAGACGGAAGAGCUUCUUGCUGACCUCUCAGUGGUACGUAGAGACAGUGAUCCAGAUGGACAGAGCAACAAAGCGUCUAGAGCCAUGGAAAAUAGCAGUCAUUGUUGUGUCGGUGAUAGUAGGCUUAGCCCUCAUCAUUGGGUUGAUUACAUUUUUUUUGUGCCAUGAUCAGGAUCGAUACUACAAUGCAACUUUCCUCAUCACCAAUGUCAAGUAUGACCCUCAGUACGAAAGGCAAACCACAGAAGAGUUCAGGCACCUGAGCGAAGAGAUUGAAACCAUGAUAUCUGCAGUAUUCAAGGGGUCCUUUCUAAGUAAGAGGUACAUCAGGUCCCAUGUUGUCAGUCUAAGCCCAGAUCCUGGUGGAGUGCUUGCAUCUGUUGUUCUGGUAUUUAAAUUUCCCUCGGCUGACAGUAAGGCAACGAGCUGGGGUCAUGUCAACCGUGUGUUACGCAGAAGGCUGAAAACAAACUCCACAUUCUUGAAUGUUGACCAGUCUACCCUUAGACUCACAGAGUUGAAUAAGGAAAAGGGAGAUAACCUUUUAAACAACUGCUGUGGAAUACGAAGACAGGCAUUCUCCUUCACAGGAGUGGAGAGAAUAGUUGGCGGGCAGCGUGCACAGGCUGGGGAAUGGCCGUGGCAGGCUAGCAUUCAGCUUGAUGGCACCCAUCGCUGUGGUGCAUCAGUGAUCAGUAAUACGUGGCUAGUGACUGCAGCCCACUGCUUUAGGGGAGGAACUGAUCCUCGGAGGUGGACUGCCAGCUUUGGAAUUCUGCUGAGACCUCCAAAACAGAAAAAAUUCAUCCGAAGAAUUAUCAUUCAUGAAAGAUAUGGUGACUUUGUCCUUGAUCAUAAAUAUGAUGUGGCUGUUGUGGAACUUGCCUCUGCUAUUGAGUUCACGAGUGAUGUGCACAGUGUCUGUCUUCCUGAAGCAUCUCAUAUUUUCCCAGAGAACACUUCCUGUUUUGUCACAGGUUGGGGAGCUUUGAAGAAUGAUGGCUAUAGUGUUAAUGAGCUUCGACAAGCGGAAGUGAAAAUUAUAAGUACUGCGACUUGUAAUAGAAGACAAGUGUACGGUGGAGCAAUAACAGCUGGAAUGUUGUGUGCUGGAUACUUGGAGGGGCAAGUGGAUGCCUGCCAGGGUGACUCUGGUGGGCCACUGGUGCAUGCGAACUCCAGAGGAAUCUGGUAUCUUGUGGGAAUAGUGAGCUGGGGAGAUGAAUGUGGCAAGCCAAAUAAACCAGGAGUGUACACGCGAGUGACUUACUAUCGAAACUGGAUCAACUCCAAAACGGGUAUCUGAAACCUGCAGCAGGUUAAGUUUUGUGGGCUGUGUACGGCUAUUCGUCUGACACAUUCUGCUCUGUGGUUACCCUCUAAACAGCUGCUG